CCAGGCUGGACUAAGAGACCUCAGGGAGCGAUUUCCCAACAUCUCAUAUUUGGCCAACAAAAACCAGAGAUAUUAUGGCUCAAGAAAGUGAUCUUCCUUCAGAAGACUUGGGUGAACCCUCAGUCAUCAUUGGUCAGGCCCUGGUUAAGGUCCAGGAUGCUGCUGCCACGCUGUUUUUAAGGGUCCGUUUGAGACUAGCACAAAGCUUCACCGUCUUUUCUAUCAUCCUUCUGCUCCUCUGGAUUGCUGCUUUUUUAUAUGGAAGCUUCUACUUCUCUUACAUGCCUAGGGCAGCUUUUCAAACACCUGUCUACUAUUAUUACAGGACAGAUUGUGAAUCUCCUUCUUCUUUCUUGUGUUCUUAUCCUGUGGCCAAUGUCUCCCUGAUGAGAGACAAAAAACAUGUACUGACAUUCGGCCAGGUCUAUCGGCUCUCUUUGCAGCUGGAAAUGCCCGAUUCUCAGACCAACCAAGACUUAGGGAUGUUUAUGAUCAAGACAACCUGCUAUUCACAGCAUGGACAAAUUGCAGCCUCUGCUCGCUCUGCAAGACAACUGCUGAAGGCCUCCAGCUCUCGCUUUGGCAUGCUGCGAUACCGCUCAGACCUGCUGAAGACUCUGGGAACACUGCUCUUCCUCCCGUUCUUCCUGACUGGAGCAGCCGAGCAGAAACAAGUGCUGGAGGUGGAGCUCUUUUCAGAGUACAUAGACGAUCCUUAUGCCCCUUCAGUCACAGCUUUUAUUGAGAUCCUGUCCAGCAAGGUCCAGAUCUACGCAUCUGAACUGUACAUCCACGCACAUUUCACUGGCUUACGAUACUUGCUGUUCCAGUUCCCUAUCAUAUCAGCCUUUGUGGGUGUGUCAACUAACUUCAUCUUCCUGAGCUUCCUCUUCAUCCUAAGCUACACAAGGCAGCUGUUGGGAGUGGGGGAGAAACCAGACAAGCUUACUAGAGAUAGGCUGCAGGCAGAGAUGGAGAACACCACAAACGACCUUCCACAGGAUAACAAGGAUGUUGCUGCAGGCACUGCAGAGCUGAUGGGACCUGAGCAGACAGACCCUACAGAUCCAGACGGAGAAGAUCCCAGUUCACACACUGGCAACAACACAGAGAUGCAGAAUGGAGAUACAUUGGUUCAAGGCUAAAAAAAAAUAGGUCUGAGGCAGCCAGAGGCCUUUAAUAAAAGGAGACAGUGUGGAGAAAGUGAUUCUGAUAAGAGUUACUGAGAUGAAAAGAUAAGGGUGUAAUGCUGGUUCCUGGUUCAUAAUGUUUUAGAAAGUGUACACCUUGUAUUCUGUACUGAUGUUGCUUCAACUUUAACCUAAAUAUCACUGGCACAAUUAUACCUUCAUCACUUUCACAGAUUUGUCAUUUUCACUUCUUUUAUUAGUUUACACUUCACUGACAUGAUUGUAUUCUGCAACUCAACAAGAAGAUCCAGCGGUCAGAUAGCUAUGUUCUUUAACAAAAACAAGAUUUCCAAUUAAAAUAAAAUACAAUUUAAGUAUAAUUGAAAUCUAAAGUACCAAAGACAAUGUACUUCAAAACUGAAUUUAUUCAAUGUUGUUCUGCCUCAGCAUUUCAAAAUGUCUUGUUUUCCACCUGGCUUUGUUUUAUUUGUUCUGCAUGGAGGAAAUUUGGGUCAUUUCUCUGUACAGAGCAGCUUCAAUGCUGACUUGAUGAUGGAUUUUCUCACAUAAACAACUCACAUCAGUUUAGGUCUGAACUUUAACUUAAUCAUUGUUUAGUAGAACAACUUGUUUUUCUUAAGUUCAUUAUUUUGAUGCAUGAUCCACUUCUUCUUGAAACUCAGUUUGUGGAUAGAUAUUCUCACAUUUCCCUCCAAUUAAGUUCAGUUUUUUUUAAUCUAUGAUAGGC